UUUAUUGUCACUGAUAACAGAUAUCUCCCAUUAUGCCAGAUAGACUGAACAAAGAUUGACGACAAACGCAUAUGACAAGACCUUAGUUCGAAUAGGAUAUGGUUAUUUGAGCCAUAACAAAAUAAAUGUGUAAAUUGAGAAUGAAGUAAAAAGUUUAGUUUGUCAUUUUAAUAAUUCCAUACGCUAAGGAUUUUUGGGUUACUUGUGGUAUGAAAGCUGGGCUCGCAUUACAUGGGGAUGGGCUCGCUCUUAGCACCCGUCAGGCGUGCAAUGGAAAUGCCCAGGCGUAUCCCAGGCGUGCAUUCCCAGAAAUCUAGGCGCACCUCGGGCGUGCACGUGCCACGUUUUGCAGACUGGCGCAACUUGAACUCAUCCACCGCCACGGUCGUGUUCUCUGUCGACUGUUUUGAUGCCAUUUUUCUUCGAAUUGAUAUUGAAAAACAAUUGGAAAUUGUCUAAACAAGCUAAGAGAUGAGAAAAUCAGUUUCAAGUGAUCAUGUGGUUAGCAGUCUGGGUGCAGCUCAUUGGGCAACAGGUUUUCUGGCCUUGGGAAAAGCCCUGUUUGUCUUUGGAAUAAUUUCUCUUUAUUCCUCCCUUCUUGGUCUUCCAAUUCUUCAAGUGCUCUUCACCACAAAAUCUAUAGCGGCUGUGUGCCUGGUGGCCAUUCAGAAGCCAUUCGCCGGUCAGCCGCUGAGCCGAUCUCUUCAGAUCAGGAUCGUCCGGAGAUGUGUGGCAGGUAUCGGCCUGUCCAUACUGUGGCUGUACGGCCUGACGCUGUGCGGACCGCUGAGGACCGUGCUCCUGUACGGUCAGCUCGACGCUGUCCCCGUGGCCGUCCUGGUCACCAUAUUCUCAGGUAACCGCACGCCGUCGCGGCUGCGCGGAGCCGUGUUUUUCGUCCUGGCCGUGCUGGCGCUGCUGCUAUUUGACAAUGACGUGUCUGACGUACCGGACGGCUCCGGCCAGCGGGUCGGUCUGCCGCUGCUGGCCUCACACCUGCUGGGCACGCUGGCCGUCGCCGACCACAAGGGCGGCGUGGUGUUAUUGCUGCUCUGCGUGGCGCUGCGAAUCACCUACAAUAACGCCGGGCGGAAACUCUCCGUGGAGGUGGGAGGCGCCAAGCGUCUGCAGACGGUCACUACACUGGGAGAGGCGACGCUACUGCUGCCGCUCGCUCUCCUCUCCUGCUUCAUACAGGAGUCUCAGGUGGAGUCGGUGACCAGCUACGUGCCGACGCUGGUCAUGCUGGCGCUGAUGUUGUACGUCGUCGACUUCUACGUCGAGUCCAUCAGCGCCAACAGACUGGACGGCUCGCAGCUGGCGCGGGUCGCCUGUCUGGUGCAGACUAGUCUGGCGCUGACGCUCAGCUGGCUCUCCCAGUCUGGUGCCGUGGAUGGCUCGGACCAGCCGCACCACGGCCUCUCGGCAGGGGUGAUCGCCAGCGCGCUGCUCUUCAUGGCAGCGACGUUCGCGCUGACGUCGUCGGGCUCUGGCGGCCGCGGCCAGCUGGUGGGGUUCUCGGCCGGCGGCCUGCCCCUCUACAGUCUGUCCUCGUCACUGUUACCUCAGGGCUCCGUGUCGGCCAUGGCUGCGAUACGAAUGGCGCUCAGACGCGUCCGGGCAGAUCCCAACAGCAAACGGAUCUUCUACCUGCUCCUUCUGAACGGAGGUUUUAUGCUGGUGGAGUUUGCGUACGGCGUGUGGACCAACAGUCUGAGCCUGAUCUCGGACGGGUUUCACAUGCUGUUCGACUGCUCGGCGCUGGCCAUGGGUCUGGCCGCUUCUGUGAUCGCCCAGUGGAAACCGAGCAAACAGUUCUCCUACGGGUACGGCCGCGUGGAGGUGCUGUCGGGCUUUGUGAACGCGCUCUUCCUGCUGGUGGUGGCCUACAUGGUGUUCAUGGAGGCCGUCAGCCGGCUGCUCGACCCGCCGGACAUCAAAACAGACCGACUACUCACGGUCUCUGUGCUCGGCCUGCUGGUGAACGUGGCCGGCCUGCUGGUAUUCGGCGGCGCUCACGGUCACUCACACGGCGCGGGCGGCGCGCACGGCCACAGUCACUCUCCCAACGCCAACCUGCGCGGCGUGUGGCUGCACCUGGUGGCCGACACGCUGGGCUCGCUGGGCGUGCUGGUGUCGGCGCUGCUGGUCCGCCACGCCGGCUGGCUGGCCGCUGACCCCGUCUGCUCGGCGCUGAUCGCCGUGCUGAUCGUGGUCAGCGUGCUGCCGCUGCUGAGACAGACGGCGCUGGUGCUGGUGCUGCGCGCGCCCGCCGGCAGGGACCGACAGCUCCGAGAGGCGCUCGACAAGGUGCUGCUGCUGGAAGGAGUACAGAGCUACAGCGACCCGCACUUCUGGAGCCACUCGGCCGACCACUGGGUGGGCACGCUGCACGUGCAGGUCAAGGAGACGGCCAGCGAGCAGACCAUCAUCGGACAGGUAACGUCCGUGUUCAGGCAGCUGGGGUUCAGCACGUUCGCAGUACAGGUGGAAAAGCCAGAGUUUGUCAGUAAGAAGAGCUCUCAGUACUCAGGCUACGGGCUGGGACUGGUCGACCGAGCCACCAUGUUCGACCCCACCGACGGUCUGUCGGCGGUCAAAUCGAUAUAGCGCUGCGGGUGAGUAGGUAAAACCAACGACAGGGUCUCCCUGGAGACAGAACCAAUACGCUUGAUUCGUCCUAUCAAAAUGUGCGAACGAGUGAGAAGCGAGAGCUUGGUGAUGACUGGGUGAUUGAAUAAGUCGUUGCCAAAAGUAUGGUUGCUGCUAGUUUGAUUCAUGCACCAGUUUUAUUGAGCACCGUUUGAUGUGCGUGGUGUCGUGCAAUGUACGGGGAUGUUAGUGAUAGUUUGUCAUUGAUGGAAAUAAGGCGACCUGUGAGCGGUAAGUAGCGAUAGAGACGUUCCUUGCCUUGGAAAUGUCCGAAGACACUGAAUGGUCGACUGCUUAACUAUGGUGAUAUGGUCAUUGGUCAGUGAUCAGCGCUGCGUUGGAGCUUUAUACUGUUGCGCGGUAGUUGCCCGAGUGAUUGCCGCUCUCGGCUAGCGUUCACAACCUGAGAUGCUAACCCAAAAAGGUGGCAUCCGCGGUGCUUUUUUGUCGACUGGACGGUCCACAAAAUGCAGCGCCGCGGCGUCAGAAUGGUUUCCUGCACAUGAUUGGGUGAUCGUGCGUAUUUAUGACAUGACAAGGCUCGGGUCGGCGGGGUUGGUGACGUCCUGUAUCAGUGUAUGCCAUUUGUGUCAUGUGUAUGUCACUAACAUGGCGUAAGUCGCCUCGUCAUCAGAGGUGCCGCGAUAUUUCAUUGCAAUCUCAUCCAUGUGUUCGGGAGCAAUACAUACCAGUCUUGUA